CUUUAUAUAUAGUUAACACUUUAAAUUUGUUUAUUGAGGUGAUUGACGAGAUAAGGCAAAUUGAAGGUAAGAUGAGGUUGAAGAAAGUUGGUAAGCGAUAGAUUUGGAAAGAUUCAUGUAUUCUGCAAGUUUUAACAAUUUCUGGUAUCACAUCAGACUAGACUACACCGGGUUGUUAAUUCAGGCAUGAUCGACAAUCUUGCAGUAUUGGGUUAAAAUAUUCCGCAAUUUUCAUGCUCGUGCUAGCAAGUGCUGAAAGUGAAAUUGAAAGCGUCGAUCAUUAGGCGGUGGAGACAUGUUGCUUGCUGGUGAAUUUUCAGUGACAUGUAACACAGUCGUCAAAGCUUUAUCCUUUAGCUCUGUCUCUACGCUUGCAUUCAGUGCCGUUAGUAGCUUAUGAGUGACACAUCUUGAAAGAGUCGAUCGGUUUAUUCCAAUAUACCUGAAUACAUUAUCUGGUGAUACAAAAGCCUGAGAAGUUGUGCAAGAUUGAUCGGUGAUUGAGCAGUAACGAUGAUCAAGAUAAUUUUUGAGUUGCAAGAGAGAAUUUUAACUGUGUAAAGCAUUAUGCAUUCCUGUGAUUGGCGAAAAUUCAGUAAGUUGAUUAAAUUAACGAUCAAUGAUUAAUUUCGUCUCUUUUGCCACAGUUUUAUGCGAGGGAACAUAGCCAAGAAAAAAAUGAUAUACGAAAAUGUGUUAUUUGGCGGAUUUCCACUACACCUUCUUUGAAGAAAAUAUUUACUUUGCGCGCAUAAUUUUUUAUGUAAAUUGAGAAGGAAAAAUACUCUUAAAAAGUCAAGACGUCACUAUGACACAAUUGUUGUGUUAUGAGCUGCUAGUGACAAAAGGCACAAAAUAUUUAUCAAAAAGUGGCAACAACCAUGUCCACACCGGUCACGUAAUGGAUGGUUGUAGUUUUCCCAGCUGUCGUUAAAGAAAAUGCAACACAACAAAAAAAAAAAACAUAAUGUACGACAUGCAACUCUUUCCGGUUUGAAACGUGACAGAAUGCAGAGUGAACAAUUAGAAACCCAUUAUAAGUGUUCAUGCUGUUGUCAUAGAUACAUUGGGAGCAUUGAAUUCAUUUUGACAUAAAUUUAAAAUUUAAAUGAGGAACUAAAAAAGAGAGAAAAAAAAGUCGCGUCAAUUUUGUUGCUUUUUGUUGUUGCAACUUGCUUCAUUUACCCGAACAGUAAGAAUAAAGACAUGACGUGUGAUUCGGUGUUUCCUACGGCAUUACUUUUUUCAAAUUCAACGGACCGUUUAAGUUUACAUAAACGAUGAAAUUAAAGAAUUACGCUCUGAAGGACUGAGCGCCACCUAUCUCAAUACACAAUAGAAGGGGUUAACCUCGUACCCAGAUCCUACCGUGUAAUUGUAAAUGAAAUAGAGGCGCUUGGCCGAGUAAGGUAUGAGACUAGAAUCGGGUAAACACUUAUCAUUUUCCCAUUAGAGUUGUCGUCAGUUUUAAGUAUUACGCUUCGUCAAAUUUCAUUAGGAACACCGAAGUUCAAACGGCGAACAAAUUUACGAGGAGGGGGGAGGGGUGGUAAUAUUUCUCGCAGCAGUUGUUACGAUGUUACAGAUAAACACUUCAACACUCUGCUGAGAAACCAAGGCAGAGCUCCACAGCACUCUGGGAACGAGGCUGCCGAGAAAUGGCUACCCACAUCUGAGCCUCAUUUCUUUCCGAUGUUAAGCAAUCGCGGUAGGGAAUCAUUAACAAACAUCUCGCUAAAGUCGCUCUUUAAGACACGUUAAGCUAAAGUUAGUUUCUUAAUUUCGAGUCGCUAAAGCUGUUAACUAAGGCCGUAAUUAAGAUACCCAUAUUCCAAAAACGAAGAACGUUUUUCAUUAGUCACUGUGUAAAGCUUCGUAAAAUCCAGAACACAAAUAUUGGGAAACGGAAGGUAACAAAAUAUCUGCACGAGCAAGUUUGUUACGUAUCGUCUGGAAUCUCUUCCUGAAAUACUUUUGGUGUAUGGACGACUUAAAUUAUUUUUUGUUGAAUGUUUCUGAUGUUUUCGCAUUUUCAUGCCUUAAUUAAUCUCAUUUUCGAUUUUCCUACAGACUAAAGCAGUGACACUUUUCAUGCUAAUUUUUUCUCAUUUAAUGGGAGUUUAGCUCGUGUUUGAAAUUUUGAAGGAAAAUUAUACUCCAUACUUAUGUCUCCAUAACUAAUUAAAAUUCAAGAUCCGUACUGACUGGAAAAACAUGACGAACAAAUUGCCUAUUUUAUUUUGUUCUGAUAGACCCAGACAUGGCAAAACGAUCCGAAGGUUUGUUGCUUGUCGUGUUAAUAACCUGCUGUGUUUUGAUGUCGUUGUCGAACGCUAAGCCAAGACCAAAGUCAGAUCGGUGCCUAAAAAUACGUCACGGGAAAAAUUGCACAGACCAGGAUGACAAGAAUAUCACUGAAUGUUGUCUUAAGAAAUAUAAACUGGGCUUUGACGUUUUGCCGUCCAGCUUUAAUCCCUCUGUCGAAGACCCGCCAUCUUGUGCCCUUGACGUGGUGAGUAAGGAGCUUAACAGGAAACUUCAACAAUAACAAACUUUUGCUUGGCCCUAUGUUCAUAUGUUGAAUUGUUCAUCAUCGAAAAAGAUCUCAAGGUCAAAGUAAAAAAAAUCAGUGACUUGAAACUACAUAAAGUUGAUCUCCUGCAACUUAUAAUUUCUUUCAUAUCUUUUCUAGGGUUUGGCUCAAUGCCUCCACGACAGCAAAUGCUUCCGCAAACCGCUAACCAGAAACCUUCGCCUCCUCAUGUUCAACCAACUGAUUUUCACCAACAGAACAGGACUGUGUACCCGAACAAACUUUAAAGAACUCUUAGAAGAAGCUAAGACAAGUUAGUGGCAAAUUUAUCAAUGACUGAUAGUAUUAAAAAGAAAACUUUAGCCAUGGUCAUCAGCAUUCCAAAACCUAAAGCCUAACAUCGCUUAAUUUACAUUUGGGGUAGUUGUUUCGUCUAAAAUAUUUUAAAUUUCAACUCUCAAAGCGACCAUCUUAAAGACUGAACUAUUCAAAAGUGAAGCUUGUUCCCCGAGCUAAAAUAAGUUGAUUCCUUCUUUAAAAAAAUUGUUUUCCUUAUUUUCUCUGGAUUAUAAAUCAAUUUGAGAUCCUCAACUACACAUUCAAACGGUCCAGCGGUAAGUAUUUGUUGAAUAACUCAUAUUUCUUUUGCAGAAUCCGGUGCAGAGUUCCUCCAGAAGUUGCAGGCAAUCGAGGAAAUGAGUAAGUGGAAAUAUCAUUUAGUUUAUCGUCUGAAUGGUUAUUUGAUUUUAUCCAGAGUAUAUCAACUGAUAUUCCCUUGAUUUUAUAAAGUAUUAUUAGGAGAAUAUCAACUGUUCAUAUUCUCUGGGUUUUUACUUGUGAUCUGUUGGGGAACAAACGCACAGAUGACGUCGCUAUCAACAGUAUUUUGCUUUUUUAUCAGAAAAAAGAAAACACGUACACUCCAUGUUCCCGUGGGUAUGUACAGUAAUAGAUCACAGUAGACGCCAAAACGAGGUGGGAACAUCAGUGACACACCGUGUCACUCUAGCGUUGUUAUCGCAUUUUGACGUCACCUGUGAUCUAUGACUGUACAGACGCUGUUAGAUGUAAAAUUUACUCUAACACUCGUUGUCUUGUUGCCUCUUUCUUUAUUUUCUCUUCUACACAAGUUAUUACAACGGGGACUGGUUCUGAUCUCUCGAGGCCAAGGUGACACUUACGGAGCUGUCAAUCUCUACCCUUCGUCAUACUUUUACACUUAAAUAGCGAAUCACUUUGGGUUACGCAGGACGGAGUUCGCAUACUAAGUAGAUACUAAAUUGGGAAUUCGCCAUGGAUUUAGCCUAAACACGAGAGUAAAUGGAUAAAAGUAUAAAGGAGGGUUAUUUCCAGGAAAUUCUUGUGCGGGAUCAAUUUUUAUAGGGUAGUCAUUUUAUUAGUAAUUAUUUUUUUAGCAACAUAAUGAAAAUAUACCGGUAUCUAGCCGCAAACCGCAGUUUACGCAAAAAAAUCUGUCUCCAUGUCAAUUUCACGGUCACAAUAAGGAAAAGGUGACCAAACUCUAUCUGUAAGGUAAGACCGCCAAAAGGAAUAAGAAAUGAUCAACUGGCUUAUUACAACGUUUACUGAAUGGCUUAUGCAAAUAUGUCAUUUCCAUUCCUUUUCUAACACCAAUAUAGGAAACCCUUACAAUGUUUUUAGGUUAGAUAUAUUUCUAUUUUUAUCGUUUAACAACGCACAGCAACAUGCAAUCUAUUUGUUUUUAAAAAUAUUUUUGUGCACGAAAGGAGAAGUUUGACCCAGAAACCAUUUAAUUUCUAUCUCCGCCGAUGGAAAGUACAUGUUUGAUUGAGAAAUCGACCGCGUCUGAAGAUUAUUAAGAGUACCAGAACCUUUCGGAAAUUGUCCUAAAAAUUAAGGACGUCACCAUUUUAAUUUUACCUAGCAACUUCGCACUUAGCUUGCUAUAUUCAGUAUUUUUUUUUAUUGGACAAGUCAUGUAAUCGAAGCGCGUGAUGUCUUCCUAAACAACUGAUCUCGGUUUUUCAUAUCUCGCGUGUGCUGCAUGAAAUUCACGAAACACAAUCCAACAAUCAAUGGAAUAUCUCGGGGAAACCUCGGUCGGUGAAAGCCUUUUGAGUGAAAUACACAUGUCAAGUGAGAUGUCAAGACUUCACUUGUUCCGGAACUUAAGUGGUUUUAUUUCACUCUUUGUAUCUUUGAAGUAAAUCUCUCUUAAGUUUUUAAUUUCCAUGUCUUAAAGAUCGGUUUGAACAAUCAGGAACUCCACCGAAGGCAUUAUUGUUUCAGACGAUAACUAUUUACAGUAAGAAGAGUAAGCCGCUAUAUGUGAACCACACACUGUGGUUUUGUAUGUGCAACUAGAUUUCAAGAUACUCUUUCCUUUUUAUGACAGCGUCUUGAGUGGAAUCUUUGCUCCUUUGAAGACAGUUUACGAAUGUAUAUGUAACUCUUCGAAAUCUAAAAAUGCGUAAGGAAGCAAAUUUUGGAAAACUCUUGAAGGGCGGUUGAAAAUCACGUAAUGUCUUACACAAACUUCUCCUUUAAAAAGAAUCGUAAUUCUAAGACUUUCUAAGGUUCUCUUCAUAUUUUUUUGUAUAUUUUCACCUCAACAGAUGGAUUUGACCGUAAAAUUUGCGCUACAAAAGUGUAUAGGAAAUGUGGCAGUCAAUUCAGCCAAAAAUUAAAGACUAACCCAGGAUACGAUGUACGUAAGCUGUGCAGAGUGUUUGCUGAAGAAGGGAGUUGCACAAUCACAGAAGCUGAGAAUUUUAAUUGUAAAGAAUCCCGACUCCUCAAACGGUUCAAAGAAAAUUCCCUUGAACCAGCUUCGGUUGUUUUAAAAGAAAUUUGUCCUUCACCCUGAGGAAAACUCGCCGGUUAUUGAGCUAAGAGAGUUCUGAAAAUAUUAAAUACGAUUUUAGUUCGGCCAAAAUAGUAUCCUCUUAUUGAUAAUGAUAAAGUAAUCACGGUAAUGAUAUCAAUACUAAUGACAACAACAACAAUCACAGCAACACUAAUGACGACGAUAACAGUCAUGAUUGUAUUCGGGGUAGUAUAACAAUGAAACACUCAGCCCUAUUAAUGGCCACACAGAGGUAAUAUUGAAUCAAUUUUUUUGCAGCAUCGCUGAAAAUUAGCUCUAAAUAUGCUUUCUAAAUGUAGUUAUUGCAGCAUGUACCUAGCUCAGCCGUGAACGCAAUAAAUGGAUGAUUAAAACACUACUGACAUAUGUCGGAUGCAUUUUGUGUCAAAUAGUUUCGUGAUUCCUUACAACCCAUACUAGUAAAUCACUGUGACUUUUUUUCCCAUCCGAAAGUAUUUUUCUUUCUUAAAGUAGAAUCAGUGUUUCACCGAUCUCAACAAAGAAGUCCAGAGGGAC